GUAGUAGUAGCAGUAGUAGCAGCAACACCAGUAUGGCUUCUCGCUGAUGUUGUCGUCAUUGUCACACGCUUAUUGCCUGGGCAGCGUGACGUCAGACAGGUGGCGGAGUGACGCAGGGUGAGCCGAGUGAGUGACGGGGAGAGACAAUGAGGUGUCACGGGGGGAGGGGAAGGCCGCCACCACCACCACCACCACCACGUCACGCCCUUUGUACUGUCUUCACUGUCUCCACCGCCGCCACACAAUGCCUGCCGUGGCGCUGACCUGUUGUUGGGACACUUAAAGGAGGCGCUGAAGGAGGAGGAGCAGAAAUGAGCGCCGCGACCCCCGCCAGCCUGAACACAUGAAGGAGUCCCAGCAGGGGGCGUCAUGAGGCCGAGGUGCUGGAGAAGCCCCCCCCUACCUCCACCACUACCACCCUCACCACCACACCACCAACACCAACACCACCUCCACCACUUGUUUUCUACUCUACUUUAAGGAUUUUGUGGAGUGUUUGUCCUUAUCCACUACCUCCUCCCCAUCCUCCUCCUCCUCCUCCUCCACUUCCGCCUCCACUCCUUAGUAUGGAUGUACCCUCUCUUUCACUGAUCUAGCCUCUCUCUCUCUCUCUCUCUCUCUCUCUCUCUCUCUCUCUCUCUCUCUCUCUCUCUCUCUCUCUCUCUCUCUCUCUCUCUCUCUCUCUCUCUCGUUUUUCCUUCAGCUAGUUAAACCAUCACACACACACACACACACACACACACACACACACACACACACACACACACACACACACACACAAACUAACUAACUAACUAACUAAUUAACUAAUAUACCUCUUUGAAAACGUAACAUCAAAAUAAAAAAUAAAAGGGAUAACAGGUAGAUAGAUAGAUAGAUAGAUAGAUAGAUAGAUAGAUAAAUAGAUAGAUAGAUGAUAAAUAAAGAGAUAUAUAUUUUUAACUCCUCUGGUAUAUACAUAUAUAUUUUUUUUAAAUAAUCAUAAUCUAUUUUGUAUACUCAACUCCAUUUACACACACACACACACGAGUAUCUACAUGUGCGUGUGUGUGUAUGUACAUUACUUGAUUAAUCAGUGAGGGAGUAUAUAAGCAUUUAAAAAAAGACACAAUAAACCUUUUCCUCUUUUCUCUCCCUCCCUUUAACUCCCUUGCUGUCCCUUGCUCUCCCUUCACCUUCCCAACACUCUCACACACGCACACACUCACACACUCACAAUGGCGAAUGUUAACAAGAAUCUGGUAAUGCUGAAGCUGCUCCUCUUCACUUUCUAUGGAGCCCUGGGGUGCGUGAUGGUCUUCCUGAAUAUCCACAUGAGGUUUCUGGGGAUCAGCAUGCAGGAGGUGACAUGGAUCAACUCCGCCCUGCCGCUCUUUGCCCUCAUUGGCCCGCCCAUUGUGGGGAUGGUGGCCGACAAGCUGGGACACUACAGGGCCAUCACCAUCAUCUGCAUGCUCUUUGCAAUGUUUCUUCACGUUGGCCUCCUGUUUGUGCCAUCCUGCAAGUCCACCAGUGCUGAGGACACCCCACUGUCCCUGCACUGCUCCUCCAAUAAGGCCACGCUGGAGGUGGAGUCCUGCUUGUCCACCUGCUCCCGGCCCCUCCCCCUCAUGUCCAAUACCUUCCAAGUGGACAACUGUCGGCUGGUGUGUGAGGAGCAGGUGACCAUCAGGGAGGCAGGCAACGAGACCAAUUUUGAGGGCGAGGCAGGCAAGGAAGACACCAGUGCACAGUUCUUCAUGCUGCUGCAGCCAGCCCAUGGCACCCCACAGUACCUGCCCUUUGAUGGGGAGCAGCAGGUCACAUUUAGGUUUAAUGAGUCAGUGAUGCCAGAAGAGGAGAUGAGGAGAGAAAAGGAGGAUGAGGAGGAGCACAAGGAGGAGGAUGCAUCUUGCCGAUAUUCUCUGCAGAACUUCCUGUAUGAGAGCGCCAGUUACACCAACCUCUCCUGCCAUACUAGGGAGCCGCACUGCCAGAUUGUGUGCAACGUGACCAAGCAGGGCAAUGACACACAGCUGCUGGACACCUCGUCAUGCUGCAGGGUGACGCUGUGGGUGUACUUCAGUCUUAGGGCACUGGCUGAAAUGUUCUCCUCCAUCCUGGUGUCGCUGCUGGAGGCUGUGGCGCUGACGAUGGUCCACCAGCACAAUGGAGACUACGGCAGGGAGAAGAUGUUUGGUCUCCUCGCUGUGGCCCUCUUCACACCCCUCAGUGGCUUCCUGGUGGACUCCAAGGUGGGCACGUUUGGCAUCUACAGCUAUGCCCCGGUUUUCUAUGUGUUUGGCACCCUUAUGCUCAUCACUCUUGUCACCACCUUCGCCCUGCCCAUCCAGGUUAAGAUCCAGCGUCGCAGCCUGCUGAAGAACAUGGCCCAGCUGGUGCGGACGGCUGAGCUGAGUGUGCUGCUGCUGAUCAUGACGAUCCUGGGCACCUUCUGGGGGUACCUCAUCACCUUUGUCUACCUAUACCUGGAGGACCUCAAGGCCAGCAAGCUGCUCAUUGGCCUCACCACCUCCUUCAGCAUCCUGCCGUCCGUGCCCUUCCUCUACCGCAGCGGCGUGGUGGUCAAGUACUGUGGCCACCACUACCUCAUCAUGCUGGCCUUUGUGGGCUACUGCGUCAGGUUUGCUGGCCUGUCUUACAUCACCAAUCCGUGGUGGGUGGCCCUCAUCGACACCUUGGAACUCUUCACCCUCAACCUCCUCAAUGUGUCAGCGGCAACUCUUGCCUACAAGCUCGCCCCCAAGACCUUUGUGGCUACGGCUCAGGCCCUUGUCUGGGUGUCCCACUACAACAUAGGUCGGUGCAUUGGGACCUUCGUGGGCGGCCACCUGCUGGUGAAAUAUGGUCACAGGCGAGUGUUCCAGGGUGCCUCAGUGAUGGCUGCUACAUGUGCUGCUAUAUACCUCAGCCUGCACCAGCUUAUUAACUACUGCAAGGCCCAGAGGAGUGCUGCCCCUAAGCCACAGCCAGUCAGGGAGAAUGGCAACAUUCCCAAUGGCCGCUACACUCCCCUGGCUGUGGCAGAGGAUGAGAGGUUUUGAUGGAGGCCUGCACUAGACAUCAGCAAGUCAGGUUACCACAGCUGGCUGGGGGAAGUGUGUGAGGCGGCGCUGAAAUGAAAAGCUCUGUGAUAUUUCAGGCUGAAGUUUAUACCAGGUGAUGAUACAUAGGGACCUUCACAACAGGAUAUAGUCAUGUAAAUAUGACCCUUAAGCCAUUACUGUUAGUGCUUAUGAUGUGUUUGUGUGUACAAGAACAACCCCUCCCCCUUCCCCUCUCCAGAGAAUGUUAUGCCAGAAGUUAGAGGAACUGAUCCAGGUUUUUGUGUUAUGAAGGGAUUGAGUUUUCAUGUUCUGUUAAUGGAAGGGAAUGUGUAGGUUGUGUGGGGCUACUCUGAGGGGCUGUGGGGUCUUCUGAGGGGGUGUGUGGUCUUGUGAGGGUCUCUAUCACCUGUAUGGCUGUGUGAGGGGCUGUUUAGCUUUCCGAGGGUCCAUGUGGCCAUGGGAGUCACACUUGGGGGCAGGAUAUGGUGCUAUGAGCGUGUCAGUCCCUUGGCCAAGCACAUUGUUGCCGCAGUCACUAGUGUAUGUACAAGAUUAGCAUUGACGUGAGUACCCUGCUUCACUCCGGUCAGUGCUACGUCAACCAAACCCUGAAUGUACAAUGAAGUAGCCGUAUGUGUGUGUAUAUAGCGAACAGUGACCACAGCUGGUGCCCCUCAUGUCUCAGUGUCUGUAUAUCUUGUGUGCAUGGCUGAGGUGACCACUGCCAGCCUGUGUUAUUCCUGGAGGGGCUCAGCAGGACUAAGUGGUGUCCAGAGAGACUGAGUGAUGUUCCUUAGCACAGCAGCAUGUGGAGGUGUGGAGACUUUCUGUGUGAGAGAUGCUGUGCUGGGAGGAGGAGGAGGAGGAGGAGGAGGAGGAGGAGACUAGUUUUCCCUCAUCUUUGUUAAUGAGGCUGAAGGAAACUCAUGUAUAUGGUGCCAAAAAUUGAAGAAAGACAUGCUGUGAGGAAGAAAAAACAAGACAAAAAAGUAAAAAAAGUAUAGAUACAUAUAUAUAUGUAUUAAAUAACAAAUAACUCCACUUGUAUCCUUGUCAGUCUGUCUGUGUGUCUACCUAUCUGUCUGUUCAUCAUCCUCACCAAGUAAUCUUAAGAUGACCCUGUAAUUACCAAGCAUCCAGACAACACUACAUCUACUGUCUGUCUAUCUAUACAUCCACUCUUUACUUAUACUACUCUGCAUGUUUGUCCAUCAUCCAUUUUCAGUAACCACCCACACAACUCUGCAUCUGUCUACCUAUCAAUCCAUCACUCUCAGUAUGAAGCCAUAAGAUAAUGAUGCUUUUACCAAUCACCCACAUGACUCUUGAUCUUCCCUGCCUGACUCCUGCCUCUGUGUUACCUUUAGAUGUAUGUUACUCUUAAACCAGACCCUAGCUGAAGUAUUAAGUGUGCAUGGAAACUCAGCCCAUUCAGUCCAUCCAAAGACUGUGUUGGGAUAGUAAGGAGGGUAUGUCUUGUUACCAGUCAGUGUUACCAUCUAGGGCUGGUGUGGUGUGUGUUAUGGUGUGGUAAGUGGUGAGCGCCCAUGAGUAUUGUAUUAUGGUGAUGUUACCUACCUUGGUGGUGAAUUGUUGCUAAGAGUACAGUUGUGUUACCAUCUGUUAUGUAACUUUGAAGUAUAUCUGUCUAUCUGUCUAUCUGUUGGUCUAUUUGUGUUUUGUUGUGUUGUGUUUUGUUGUUUUGUGUGUACUUACCAUGUAUGUGUGUGUUUCUUAUUGUUAUUUUGUUUGUGGUUAUUAUUAUUAUUAUUAUUUUUUUUAUUGUGCAUGUGUUGCAAAAGGUAUGUCUGUAGCAGUAUUGUCUUGUUUCUGUAUCUAUAUUAUUUAUGUCUUUUUUGUUUUUGUAAUUGUUGAAGGAUGUAGUAGUAUUGUCUUUUCUUCUUCCUUUCCUUAUUUUAACAACUGAAAAGGAGUAUGUGGUGGUAUGAUAUCUUCCAUUUGUCUUAUUUUUAUUUGUUGCUAUUGAAAGCAUGUAUGUUGUUGUACUAUGUUUUUUUUUUCAUUUUGUUUUUAUUUUUUGUAUUUUAAAAUAUGUAAUAGUAGUAUCAUGUCUUCCUUUUUUCUUCUUCCUCUUUUCUUUCUAGUUCAGAAACUGGUAAGAAGGAUGUAUGUACUCGUAUAUGUUUUUGUCCUCUCACUCUCUCUUUUUUUCCUAUUGUAGGUCUUGUUCAGUAUAUAUAUAUAUAUAUAUAUAUAUAUAUAUAUAUAUAUAUAUAUAUAUAUAUAUAUAUAUAUAUAUGCAUAGUAUACCACAUGUUUUUAGCUAGUCUCUUAAUGUUAACUUUAAGCAGUGUAAUCAAUAUUCACUGUUAUGAAAGUUUAGUGAGAAUGAACCAAGUUGUAAUACAAGGAGCACGUUUAUUGCUGCUCUCUCAGGAAGACACCAGUGAUGUCCUCCACUCAGUCUUGCCACAGACCACUCCUGCCAGUGUCCUUCACUAACUGCAUUGUAAUAACUGGAAGUACAAGGGCCCCAGAAGCAAAGGGGAUUGACGAUAGUUUUAUCCUCACGUCUAGGUCUGCAGUAAAACAGCAGAGUGCAUUAUCUCCAAAAGUCCUGGUACCUGUGGAAUUGGCAGAAAGUGAUAAAUCAAAUGCUUAUGGUGAAUUACACCUAUCUUGCCAUUGUACCCAGCUCUGUACAGACACAUUGCAUUAACUCCUCAGUUUUUCCUCAGUAUUACAAAUCUUGAUCAUUGAUUUUCUUGAAAUGUGGAUUUCAGAAUUAAUGCACCCUGACUUUUUGCUAUAUAUAUAUAUAUAUAUAUAUAUAUAUAUAUAUAUAUAUAUAUAUAUAUAUAUAUAUAUAUAUAUAUAUAUAUAUAUAUAUAUAUAUAUAUAUAUAUAUAUAUAUAUAUAUAUAUAUAUAUAUAUAUAUAUAUAUAUAUAUAUCUUCCCUGCAGGGCACUGUGCUUCUUACCUCCAUGCCAGGGGUUCACUUUCCAGCAGGGCGACUCUCAAGGGUAAAAAAUUAUCUUGUCUUCAGGUGAAUUUCUGAGUACUAUUUCUACAGUGCUCUGAAGGGAUGUGAUGGUGUGAUGUGUUAGUUUUGUUCUUGCUUUGUGUGAAUAACCUUGGUGAUUCAUGCAGAGAAAACAGAAACCUACAGGCACUAGAAUAUUUGAAUUACUUAAUUACUCUUUUUGUUACCUCUGAUUACUUAUUCAUACUUUUAAUUCAUAAAUGUGAAUUCUGCAUCUGUAAAUCAGGGUAAAGCACAAGAUUAUGGAUGUAAAUCAAACUUUCAUAGAUUGAAAUUUGCCUUUAGUCCUUUCCUUUUAUUCACCAAUACUUUCAUUCAUCUUCAUAGUGACUUGGAAUGGUAAUGAGAUGCUACUUCACUUGGGUAACUCUUUGCAACAGCAUGAAAUAAAACAAAACUAAAAAGCCUUAAUUACCACUUGAUACUCAUUUUACUGCUGCUGGUGUCUCUUCAUAUUAUUUUUUUUUUAAUUUGUGGAUGUGAAUUCUGCUUGUGUAAAAAAGGACAAUGGAUAAAAUUCUCUUCAUAAAUGAUACAUUCAUGGAGAGAUUCACCUUUACUUCUUUGCUCUUCUUCUGCAACACUUCUCUUCCUUGCCUCAAGCAGUACAGGACAAGUGAGUGAGUGUGACUGUUGUCGUGUGUCCUGUAGGGUGGCACGGCACUGUGGUGUGAACCAAUAGUCCGUUACGCACUCUGGGGAGUCUGGGAAACACAGUAUUGGAGGACCAGAUUGUAUUGUGACCACUGGACUAAAAGUUAUAUGUAUACAGGUCCUCAUGCAUGUAUUACUCAUUCCCUGUUGUGUAAUGUAUAUUGCAUACAUACCUACAUAUUUGUAUGUUAUUACUUUUUUACUCUAAGAGAAAUACUAUUCAGAUUUGAUAUGAGUGAGAAUCUGUAUGUUAGUAAUCAGUAAAUUUUCAGCCUUAGCUAGACUGUGUUGCCGAUGAGAUAUAUUAACUCCCUGCAGCCACCACAGUGAACCCUUGCUGUAAUGAGCCACCAGAGGGCAAGACUAGCUUAUUUCCAAAAACUGCCUCUAUCUGAUGGUUGUUACAGUGAAGUCUUUUAGCAAACUCAGGUCGCUAUAUAAAGGCAGUCAUUCAGUAAUAUAUAUUUGUACAACACUCACUGUAUCUUUCCUGACUUUCUGCUGUAUUUAGUGAAGAUUAGUUCACUGUGUGCUGUGGGUGGGAGGCUCUGUGGACUUGUUAUAUUUUUGCUUCACAACAAUGCCAGGCUUGUUCAGUGGCUCAGAACAUUCCUCACAUCCAGCAGUUACUGUACCAGGGUUUGCUGCAUGGGGGUGCACUGUAUCCUGUUACCAAAUAUGCCCUGAAGUGUUGCCACCUGUUGAUGUGAUGAGCUGGGUGAAUAAGUUAUGAGUGAGUGAUGAGUGGUGAGUGAGUGGUGAGUGCUUCCCCUGAUGGUGGUGGUGGUGGUGGGGGAGGGUAGGGAUGCAGCUAGUCAGGAAGUCAGCAGCAGUAUGAGUUGGUGGUGGCGGUGUGAGAGUUGCACAGAUGACAUGAGAGUCUGGGAUUGAUGGACAUGUGAUGAAUAUGAUGAUGUGCGGAAGCAUCAUUGAUUGGCAAAGUGCAAUACUGGAGAUGAUAUACAUAGAUGAUUAGUAUACCUAUUAUUAUUACCUAUACAUAUGCUCAAAUUAAAGAAUAUUAGUGGGUAUAGUGUAUGUACGUACAGUAAUUGUCGAAUCAGUUGUUAAUUAAGCUAGACAAUCCACCAACACUAAAGGUGAAAAAAUAGAUUAACAUAGUGUAAAUUUAAUUAGAUAUUGAAUAGAACUAUAUAAGAUUCUAGCUAUAACCCUUUCACUGCAAUGUACUACAAAUCACAGCAUCUAAAAUUUGACACAAAAUUCAGAAGCAUCUGUGAAAGAAAAAAAGAUUAAGGCAACAGAUUUUCCAAUACCCAGCUGGUACACCAUUCAGAAAUGGCUGUGGGGUGAAAAGAAACAUGUCAAAGGGUCUUAUGAUGAAGUAUGGAUGUGUCACGUAACAAAGAUGUAUGUAUAUAUUUUUUGUUCUCUCCCUUUUUUGUCUAUUUUUCUGGGUCUUGUUUAGCAUACCAAAUAGAAGGAGAAAUGCAUCAAGUAACAAAAUAACAGUGAGAGGGUUAGAUAGCAUUGCAGUGACCAGGGUGGAGGAUCAGCGACUGGUCUUGUAAGCCACCUGUCCUCCUUGGGUUGUGAUGAGUGAUGCACAUUAGUCACUGGUGGGAGCGGCAAGCACUGGGCCUCCGCUGCUGCCCGAUAGGUUCCCUCCGGCUCCCAGUUUGCCCAGAGAGCGCCGGGGUUCCUGAUACCAAGCGUUAGUGUUAGGGUCUGUCUUUGUGUUCUGUAGGCCAGGCAUUAUUGUUUAGUAGGUGUGUUUGGGUGAGUGAAAUGACUCCAGUGGGUUUUGUUGUGUCCGUGUGGGGUUAGGAUAUGUGUGUGUGUGUGUGUGUGUGUGUGUGUGUGUGUUUGAUAGGUGUGUUUAGGUGACUGAGAUGACUCCAGUGGGUUUUGUUGUGUCCAUGUGGGGUUAGGAUACGCGUGUGUGUGUGUGUGUGUUUGAUAGGUGUGUUUGAGUGACUGAGAUGACUCCAGUGGGUUUUGUUGGGUCGUGUGGGGGUUAGGAUAUGUGUAUGUGUGUUGUGUGUUUGAUAGGUGUGUUUGGUUGAGCGAGAUGACUCCAGUUGGUUUUGUUGAGGUGGGUUAUUGAGUCAAAGGAAUUAUGGUGCAUGUGUGUGUGUGUUUUGUUUGAAUGACCAAGAUAAUGCUAUUAUUGAGUUUAUAAGGGACUAAUCUGUGUGCAUGUAUGUGUGUGUUAAUGAUAUACCUGUUUUUGCUUCAUGUCUUACUCAUUCCAACUUUUUUUUUAUCAACCAUUAUCUGUUUUGUAUAUAUAUCAUUGAUGUUUUUAUGAGUUUAUCAGAAGACGUGCUUUGAGGGGUCUAUCUGUCUGUCAUUUUGUCUGUGCUGGGCCCCAAACUGUUUUCCGUAUCAUUUAUUAUCAUCGUAUAUUUUUCUCCCGCUUAUAUUGACAGCAGUUCAUAACGGUGUAGAUAGUUGCACUAAAACCCCCAAGAUUACAAGCCAAUUAAUCCCACACAUAUUCUACCAGUACAGUUGUUAGUCAGUAAGGAGACGGCAAGAGACGGACACACGCUCUGUCUGUCCGCUUGCCUCAAACAUUAUGUAUUAAUACUCUGAUACAUUUUCUAUGCAUUCUGUUGUUUGAUUAUCCUCUUAUUUUUAAAGUUUAUUUAUUAUUUUUUUGCGUAAUGGAAUGUAUGGUGUUUCUUGAAUUAGCAUUGUGUUUUGGAUUAUUCUUUCCUUUUUCCUUAAUUUCUUUAAGUCAAUAUGGAGUGUUUUGUGUUUCAAUCAAUUAUUGGUUUCUCCAGUUACCUAUCUUCUCUUUUGUAUGAAUGUGAAUGAAGUGUUUUUGUAUGAAUUUAGUAUGAUUUGCAAUUCACAUUAUUAUUUUAUGUAUGAAUAAGUACUUUUUGCCAUUUAACACUUUUUUUUUAAGAAUUAAAUAUCAUCUACAAUUCUACAUUCUUUUUUCUUACUGUACUAAGUAUUUUCAGUAACUCAUAUUUUUUUUAUCUGGGCACACUUGUAAAGAAUUGAAUGAUACUGUAUCUACACUUUGCAACAUUCAUCAUAGCAACAUGGUCUUUGAUACCACAUUACAACUCUCACUCAUGUCAUUUUGCUCGUCACAUCAUAUGAUAUCGCCAGCAACAACACACUAAACAAUGGACUCCACAAACGACCCCAAAACCUGAGUAGAUUUUGGCCGACCUUUCACUCUUUCCUAUCAGUUUUUCCCUGCUACACAGGUAUUUACUGCCCCACCACUACACAAGGAGUAACAUACAUAAAUAGAAACACCACAAUAUUCCAUUACAGAACUUUAUUAAUUACACAGGACACAACCCAUCAACCCUAUCAACAUUUCACUUUUCUUUUCAUACAGUCUCUUCAUGUUAGUUAUGUAGUUAAUAUGUUACUGUAUCAAGUAGCCUGGUAUUACUGGCACAAGCUUAAGAGGUGUUAUACAUGCAGUAUUUGUUAAAGUACAUUACCUUCCUUCAUACAGUACUUUUUAGGAUAUAUUAGGCUUAUGGCAACAAGGCUUAUGGCAACAGUGUGGACAGGUACAGUGGCUCCCAAAACUCUCUUUAAAGUAAGGUGUGAACUGUGGCAUAAUAAACAAUAUGAAACCUGCUGCUUGAUCAUGUGUGGCAUUGGUAAGGUUGAUAUGCAUGGAUUCACGUGAUGCUGAUAUGACCGCCUAUUUUCUGGGUCGUAAUAUAUGGCAAUCAUCCCUAGUGUGAAGGACUGCCAACUGUUGCCACUGUAAUCACCAAACAUGCCAAAUAAUAUUGUCCAAUGUGUCACAGAGUAGAUCUCUUAUUUAUUAAAGAUAGUUUUGGGAGCACCUGUACAGCCAGCACUCCUAGUACCAAGUCAGACUGCAUCCACUGUACAUGAGUCUAACAUUUGGAGCAAGCUAACCCUAACAAGUAUUGCAUCCAGGAGACCUCUUACAGAAGUAAUGCUACUAAGUUAUGACAAGUGCAGUAGCUUGCUUUUGUAUACAUACUAUGCUACCAGGCAUGGAAAUAUUAUGAACAUGCUGCACACAUUCUUAAUAUGGUGAGUUGACACAUAUUUCAGUGGUCUGUAAUCUUGUACUUUCAAAUCAUUAUCAUCAUUAUACUGUUUAACAUCCAAAUUUUCCCUUAUAUUUUGAUAUCUUACUCUGCAAGUUUUAGUUUACACAGCAACAAAAAAUCAACACUUCUUGUACUUCAUAAGUUCAAUCAUUUUAAUACACAAACCCCUAAAUAAACAACCACACGGAUAUCAACAUUAUAAAAAAGGAAAGAUAUUGAAAAAAAAUCCAACAUAUUGCAUGGCUCUCGCUCUUAAGCUGAGCUGAGAACUCAUGAAGGUAUCAUGAUCAGAGUAUAAAUAGAUUAUCAUAAUCCACAAUACACAAUAAAACAGGUACAGUGAUUAAUGUCUAAGUUCCUACAGAUACAGGUAAGCCAGCUGGACAAGCCCAAAUGAGGGAGACGCAGGAAGGAAACAAGACAGGUGAAGAGAGUGCAAUGUGUAUGUAAAGAUUAGAGAGGAAAGAAUGGCUAUGAAUUGAAUAUUAUUAAAGAGAGAGAGAGAGAGAGAGAGAGAGAGAGAGAGAGAGAGAGAGAGAGAGAGAGAGAGAGAGAGAGAGAGAGAGAGAGAGAGAGAGAGAGAGAGAGAGAG